UGCUAGGGUUGGUGACCGGAAGCAGUUACGGUUCUCAGCAGUGGUUCAAUAGUUGUCGGGAGGAUCUCUUUGCACUGUGUCGGAGGGAUGUGGAGGUGAUGGGUCCCCAGGGAGGGUGAGUGUUGGGGAGUUCUGUGUGGUCAGUGGUAGAAUCGGUUGUCUAACCGUAGUUGGAUGAUUCGAUCAUUAUUUUCCUCUUCUGUCAACGUUAAGAUCCUGAACUUCACUCCAAGACCCACAAGGUGUACUAUAGAGUGAUUCAACAAUUUGGUUUCUUGGAGUCUCUGUUGAGCCCGUGGGCCAGACCCCAUAGCGGAGGCUGCAGAAACUUCCUUCCGGCCCCAGCAGCUCUGUUUGAGUCCACGGACCCCACCUGGCUUCCGGCUCUUGGGAGGAGCAUCAGGAAGAGAGCUGGAGGGCUGAGGCCCAGCGGGAACAUGCCAGCCAACCAGAGCUCUCCCGGGCCAUCCCUGGCUCUGGCUGUGGGGAGAUGUGACAACCCGUGUGAGGGCUCCGUGUCGUUCGAGGAUGUGACUGUGGACUUCAGCAGGGAGGAGUGGCAGCAGUUGGACUCUACACAGAGACGUCUGUACCAGGAUGUGAUGCUGGAAAACUACAGCCACCUGCUCUCAUUGGGGUAUGAAGUUCCCAAACCAGAAGUCAUCUUCAAGUUGGAGCAAGGAGAGGAGCCAUGGAUUUUGGAGAGAAAAACCCCACAUCAGAGCUGUUCGGAUGGGAGGCUUGGGAUUAAGACCCCACAAAGAAGAAUUUCUGGAAAAGCUUCAUUUCAUAGUGAAAUGGAGGGUGAAGAUACAACAGAUGAUUCAUUGUAUUCCAUUUUAGAAGAACUGUGGCAAGAUUCUGAACAGAUUAAAAGAUAUCAGGAAAAACAGAGCAAACCUCUGAGUCAUGCUGUUUUCAUCAAUAAGAAAAUAUUGAAUACAGAGUGGGACUUUGAAUAUAAAGACAGUGGAAAAUUUGUGCCUUCAAGCCCAAAUCGUAUUCCUUCACAGAAAAGACCCCAUAAACGUGACUCAUUUGGAAAGAGUUUUAAGCAGAAUUUAGACUUACAUACUCCUAGUAAAAACAUUGCAACAAAGAAUUUUGAUAAAAAUAUUGGACGUGGUCAAGUUUUCACUCAGAGCUCUUCUUAUACUAGCCAUGCAAAUACUCCUACAGGAGGGCAAUUCUGUGAAAGUAAUCAGUGUGGAAAAGUCCUCAGCCUUAAACAAGCAUUCAGUCACAAUCUGAAAUUUCCUGCUGGGGAGAAAACAAAUGUGUGUACUGAGUUUGGGAAGAUCUUCACCCAGAAGUCACACCUCUUUGCACCCCAGAGAAUCCAUACUAUGGAAAAACCUCGCGAACUUGGCAAAUGUGUAAAUGUUUUUACACAGAAGCCACUACUCAGUAUAUAUCUGAGAGUUCAUAGAGACGAAAAAUUGUACAUAUGUCCUGACUGUGGGAAGGCAUUCAUCCAUAAUUCAGAAUUAAUUAUGCAUAAGAAAACUCAUACUAGAGAAAAACCCUAUAAAUGCAGUGAAUGUGGAAAAUCAUUUUUCCAGGUGUCAUCUCUACUUAGGCAUCAGACCACUCAUACUGGAGAAAAACUCUAUGAAUGCAGUGAAUGUGGGAAAGGCUUCUCCCUGAACUCAGCCCUCAAUGUGCAUCAGAAAAUUCAUACUGGGGAGAGACACCACAAAUGUAGUGAGUGUGGGAAAGCCUUUACCCAAAAAUCAACACUCAGGAUGCAUCAGAGAAUUCACACAGGAGAGAGAUCUUAUAUAUGUACUGAAUGUGGGCAGGCCUUCAUCCAGAAAGCACACUUGAUUGCCCAUCAAAGAAUUCAUACUGGAGAGAAGCCUUAUGAAUGCAGUGACUGUGGGAAGUCUUUCCCUUCUAAGUCACAACUCCAGAUGCAUAAGCGAAUUCACACAGGAGAGAAACCCUAUAUAUGCACUGAAUGUGGGAAGGCCUUUACCAACAGAUCAAAUCUCAAUACUCACCAGAAAUCUCAUACUGGAGAGAAGUCUUACAUAUGUGCUGAAUGUGGAAAGGCCUUCACUGACCGGUCAAAUUUCAAUAAACACCAGACCAUUCAUACUGGAGAGAAACCCUAUGUUUGUGCUGACUGUGGCAGGGCCUUCAUCCAGAAGUCAGAGUUAAUUACACAUCAGAGAAUUCAUACUACAGAGAAGCCUUAUAAAUGUCCUGAAUGUGAAAAAUCCUUCUCCAAGAAACCACAUCUCAAAGUACAUCAGCGAAUUCACACAGGAGAGAAACCUUACAUGUGUGCCGAAUGUGGGAAGGCCUUCACUGACCGGUCAAAUUUCAAUAAGCACCAGACAAUUCAUACUGGAGAGAAACCCUAUAAAUGCAGUGACUGUGGAAAGGGCUUCACUCAGAAAUCAGUUCUGAGUAUGCAUCGCAAUAUUCAUACAUGAAAGUAACCCUGUUUCUUAAAAAUGAGAAAGCCUUAUCACAGAAGUCAGGUCUACAUGUGUAUUAUGAAAUCUAUCCAAGACAGACCCUACAUGAAUACACUGCAUAAUAAAAAGCAUUUUUCAGGCUCUUGCACCUGAGAUGAGAAAAACUAUUCCAGAGACCCUCUAAGAAUGCAUUGAUUCAAAGGGACUUUUCAUAUUUGCAUGGCUUCACAAAAUAGAAUCGAAUCCUGUCAGUUUGGGGAAAAUGCUGUCAGUUUGAUGCAUUAGGUAAAGCCUUCCUGUAGAAAGUGUGAUAAGGCAAAUUGUUACCCAAUUCUUUAUAGAUGGAGUGAGCAAAAUUAUGUAAAUGACAGUCAUGUUUACUGUGUUAUAUUAGGCAAUUUAAAGUGGCAACAAAGUGAAAGGAAGAACAACAAAAUAAUGUAUUUGAUGUGUAAACCUACACUCAGUUCUGUAGGGUGUUUGUGGCAGAACACAUUGCACAACAGAAGGAAUAAUUGAAUUGAAAUUCUUUUUUGAAUUUAAUAUAAUUGUGUCUGUCAAAUAUGUUUCCUAUUGAAUCCUCCCGCGAAUCCACAGUUUUAAUGUCAUUAUGGUUUUAUAUAUACCCACAUCUGCAGAUAUACUCUUACAUGAACACAUAAAUAUAAUCCUAUCAUUCAUACUGGUUUCCACAACAUUCUAUUUUUAUCUUCUUUAAUUGUGGUACAAUGCAAAAUAGCCACAGACCUCUCCCAUCCUUUUAUGCACACCCCUUUGCAAUGUUACUCUUUUUUUCUUUUAUUAAGAGGUAGAACUGUGUCUACUCCUUGACUCUCGGCUUGGCCAUGUGAUUUGCUUUGGCCAAUAUACAUUAGCAAAGAGAUUCAAGAAGAGGCCUGGAGAAAAGUCUGCCUUGAGGCUUAUCUUCUCUUGCUGCUCUUUGGAAUUCUGAGACCUUCCUGUGAAGAAACUCAAGAGUACUCAGCUGGAGGGUGAGAAGCCACAUGGAACAGAAAUGAGCCAGCACAGAUGAGGCCUCUUAGACCAACUGCCAGACAUGAGAGUGAGGCCUUCCUCAACCUCCAGCCCCAGCCAAACUGGCCCACACCAAAAGAGCCAUACCAGUUAACCAGGCCAACCAGAAUUGGGGGAUAAAUAAAAUGAUUCUUGUUUUAAGCUGCUAAGUUUUUGGUAGUUUGUUGCACAGAAAAUGCUAAGCAAUACCUAAAAGUGUAUGCUUGCGGAGGUAUUGUACCAAAACCUAAGACAUGUGGCAUUAGCUUUGGGCCUGGGCGGCAGGUGGAGACUGGAAAAACAAUGAGGAAAACUGUUAAGAAAGGCUGAAAAAGAUGGCAGCUUAUGUUAUUUACUAAGGAAAAGAAUAACAAAACAGUUACCAUGCUGUGUGAGAAGAUAGAGAAUAUACCAGAUGAACUUGUGGAUCUGGCUAAGGAGAUUUCCAACAGAAUGUUGGAAAUAUCAAUUGGCUUCUUUUUAGCUGCAUAUGGUAAGGUACAAAAAGAGAUGAACUAGGGAAAUAACUGUUCCAUUUGCAAGCAGAAUUCAGAAGAAAUAUUUAAAAAGCCAGGACUUGCUGGGUUGGAAAAUAACUAUUUCUCACAUCUCCAGUCUCUCCGGACAUCAAAAUAUUCUCAAGGUGAAAAGUGGCCUCAGGGUAGAGAUCAAAUCAUGGGUGUGGCUAUAAGACCCUUUGUUAAAAUGUGUGGAAUAUUUAAGUUGGUGUUUGGGAAACUCUCUCAGCUAAACCAGAUGGCUUCUAAAAACUUCAUGACAUCGUCCAGUAACCUGACAUAUUGAUAAAGUAGAGAAGGGGCCUGUCUUAAAAAGAAUGGUCAGUGUGGCAUUUGGGGCAUGGAGUAAAUACAAACCAGAUUCAUAGAACACCUAUAAAGUUUCUAAUAGAGUUUUACUACCUCCAGGUUGGACUUAAAGGAAUUGAAACAGUCCAAAAUGAAAAGUGGUCUCUGGACUACCUUUUCUACCUUCUAUGAACAUGAAGCAAGCAGAAAAAGUUAUUCAGCUGCCAUUUCUUAUGGAAAAAGAAGGAUGUCUCAGAAAGGAGACCCAAGAACAAUAUAUUAAAAAGGACUGGGAAGCUGUUCCCGGGUAGAACUGUGACCCAAUCAAGAAACAUCCUGCCCCUGGAGCAGGGAGAUCUGACAACAUUUGCUCUGUGGGAUUUCAGAAUUAUUAUGGAGCAGUGACUAAUAUGUGCCUCUUGUUCCUCCCUUCUUUUAAAUGAAAGUGUCUAUUGUAGUUCUCCAGUCCCUACCCUAUGUUUCCAUUUGUGUGUGUGUGUUUUGAGUGUGUGUGGGGGGGGGGAGGGGAGGGGUGAUGGUCAUAUAACCUACCAUUUAGCUCACAGGUCUCUGGAUCAAGAAACAAAUUGCACCCAAGGAGCUUCAGCCACAUCUGAACCUGAUACAGAAGACUUGAGGUCCUGGAUUUGAUGCCAUAAUUUGGGAUAAGACAUUUAGAGGUCUUGGAAUGAGGAUGAACAUAUUUUGCAUGGUGUGAUAUGUAAAUAGUGACCAGAAGAUAGAUUGUGUUAGAUAGAAAAACGUUACAAAUUUCUGCCAUCCCUAUAUGUGUGUCCCUUUACAAUCUUUAUUUUGCUUUGUGUUUCAGUUGGGAUAACUUCUAUUAACCUAUCUUCAAGUUCACUAAUUUUAACCCCUUCCCUGUUAGGUCUGUUUAACCCCUACUUCUGUUAGGUCUACUGAUGAACCCAUGAAAGGCAUUCUUCAUCUCAGUUAUGUUUUCUUUUUUAUUUCUAGCAUUUCCAUUUGACUCUUCUAGUUUUCAUUUUUCUGCUGAAAUUCCCCAUCUGUUCAUACCUGUUGUUCACACUUCCCACCAUCCUCUCUAACAUAUGAAUCAUUGUUAUUUUAAAUUCCCUAUUUGAUAGUACUAACAACUGGGUCAGCUGAGUCUAGAUUUAUUUUUAUUGCUCUGUCUCUUAACAGCAGAUUGUUUAUUCUGUUUUGCAUCUAAUAAUUUUUGGCUGAAUGUAAGAUAUUGUAUGUAGGAGAGUAGAAACUGAGAUAAAUAAUAUUUAUUCCUGGAAAUAAUCAUGGCUGCUCUUUUGAUAAAUCAUUAGAGAGGAAGGGGGGAAGGUCCAUCUAGUCAGAAUUUGGGCUGGAUUUAGGUUUUGUUGUUGCUGUGGUUAUCUUCAUUGUACCAUAGACUUCAAAUUUCUCUAGUAUUACCUUGGGCUUAAUGUAGGCAUUGGUUUUACAGAUCAUUUUUCUCAAUAUUCUUGCACCACCCUUGCCUUUAGACCUUUCCUGUGUGCCUGCAUCUCAGGGAGGAUCUCUCUCCAUGCCUAUGUCUCUCCCUUAGUAGUAGACUACUGUUAUUACUUGGGCCGUAGUGACCCGAUGAUGGCAGUUGUCCUAAACCAACCUUAGUUUUAGGCAGGCCCUGUAUCCCUAGGUCUUGAGGGUGGUGCUUUUUCAGUGAUCCUGCACCUCCCCGUUGGUAACAUGCCUUUAAUGGUCUGAGCUCAGGAUGAUUACCUGCCCUUCCCCCAAAAAUGGAAGUUUUUUUUUCCCUUUUCCCUUUUCUCUAGCCACAGUGGAUCUGCACCUGUAUCUGGGAACAACAGGGUUUGCAUCACUUCUCUUUAAGUGGCUUAAGGCUUUUGUUCAUUAAGGAAAUAGGGUCCCAUUGGGGCUUCGUGCUAUUUCUGUAUCAGCAGCUUUCCCCUUGCAGGCCUAUACCACUGAGAGAGGCUUUCUCCAGUCUCCUUCCCUACCCCCAUUAUUUCUUGUGAGGAUCCAGUGGAGGUUUGUAGGGAAGAGCUUGCAAGUGAAGGCCAACUACCUUUAGGUCUCCAGCCCUCAGUGCUUCUAUAUUCUCAUAUUAUCCCGCACUCAGCCUUUAGAACUUCAUUAAAACUUCUUGCUGAAAUUUUAACUGCUGGCAUGGUGGGCCCAUAUUCCUUCUUGCUUUGCCACAGGUGAUCCAGGGACAACUUCGUGUCUCCCUUGAGGCACUUGUCUUAUAUAUAAGCUAGUUGGUUGCUCUAUGAUCUUAGUUCUCUGGUGAGUUCAAGAAAAGUUAUGAUUUUAUAGAUUACCCAUAUUUUCUUCUUAUUAUAAGAAUGGGAGCUAUGCUCUUUCCAGAUGUCUAUAUCCUAGGCAGAAGCCAGAAAUCUGGACGGUCUCCUUUGGCCACUAGCAGCAGAAAAUAUGCCCCCCCCCCUUCAAUGUGACUCUUCCACUUCACCCAUCAAGAGAGAGAGAGUCUAUUUCUCCAUCCCUUGAAACUGGGAUCGCGAUUUCUUUGGCCAAUGGGACAUUAGCAAAUAUAACAUAAGCAGAGGUUUGAUAAGUGCUUGCAUAUUGAGGUUUGCCCAUUCUUGCUCCUCUUUGGAAUCCUAAGGACAAGGGUUGUGCUAUUAGAUGAUGAGAGACUUCAUGGAGCAGUGAUGGAACAGAGAUGACCCAUCCCAGUUAAAGUUCCCUACGCCAACCAGAUUUUCAUCUGCCAGACAUGCAAAUGAAGCUAUACUAGCCACCCAACCCUAGCCACCCACAAGCCCACUGUGGUCAGUGUCAUCUGAGCUGACCCUGCAUGAUCCACACUUCCUGGUAUCCACGCCUUUUUAUAAUCUCCUCCUCAAGCUUGGGCUGGAUUUAGUGACUUGAUUCUAGUAAAUAGAAUGAGGCUGAGGUAAUGGGAUGUUACUUCCAAGGUGAGGUUACAGAGGGAUGUGGCUUCUGUUUUGGAUACUCAGAUGGCUCACCCUAGGGGAAGCUAGUUGCCAUCUCAUGAGGCAGAUCUAUGGAGAGACCCAUGUGAGUGAGUUUGGGAACAUAUCCUCCCAGCGUAGCCUUCAGAUGAGAGCCCCAAAUGACAGUCUUUUGAAGAUCUUCAGCCAGAGGCACCCUUCUGAGCCUCACUUGAAUUCCUGACCCACAGAAACUGUGAGAUAAAUAUUUGUUGUUUUAAGCUGCUAAAUUUUAGGGUAACUUGUAACAUAUUAAUAGAUUAAUAAUACACUGACCCAGACUAGAAAAACUCUGCCAUCCAUCUCACCCAUCCCAGACAACUCACAGAAUCAUGGAUUAAGUAUUGAUUGUUUUAAGCCACUAAGUUUUGGGUGGCUUGUUACCCAGAAAAAGGUAACUAAUACAUUUACUAUUUACUGAAUUUCCUUCUCCACUCUUCAUCUCCAACAGAUAAACAGUACUAAUCAACUACUAUGAACACUUUUCAUGUUUUAAUCUGUGCUCUUAAUUAUAUAUAGACAUAUGUAUGUUACCAUGCUUAUAAUCAGAGAGAAGCUAUGUAAGAAUUAUUUUUUUCCUUGAUUUUCAAAUAUGGGAUCUUCUCAUACAACUGUCUCUGCAUCUUGCUUUAUUCCCCAAUAAUAACUAUUUUGAAUGGUUGCAUGAUAGUUCAUAGGGAUGAAUAUAAAAUAGUUUAUUCAAUCUUUUUCUUAUUAAGGUUUAUACACCUGUCACUUCUCAGCCUUUUGGCUAAGAUCGAGUGAAGAUUUAGACACACACACACACACACACACAUCCUUUUUUCAACCUUUUGUUACUAGGAACAAUGCAGUUAAAAAUAUUAAGAGUUAGUUUGUAUAGUGGUUAGGUAGAUGGGCUCAAGAACCUGUCUGCUAGGGUUUUAAUCCUGGCUCUACUAGUUACUAGCUGUGUUACCGUAGGCAGGUUAGUUAACCUUUUUGUCCUAUUUUCUUCAGCUUUAAAGGAUGUUCACACUAGUACCUAUCUUAAAGAUUUGACAUGAGAAGUGUAUUAGCUUCUUAGGGCUGCUGUAACAAAUUGAGUGGCUUAAAACAACAGAAAUUGUUUGGUCUUACAGUUAUGGAGGCCAGAAGUCUGAAAUCAAAGUGUCAGCAGGGCCAUGUUCCCUCUGAAAUCCCUAGGAAAGGAACUUCCAUACCUGUCUCCUGGUUUCUGGUAGCCUCGGGCAUUCCUUGGCAUUAGAUAACAUUAAUCACAUGGCCAUUUUCUCCCCAUGUAUCUUCACAUUAUAUUCCCUUUGCAUGUCUGUCUCUGUGUCUAAUCUUCUUCUUGUAAGGACACAAGUCAUAUUGAAUUAAGCCCACUCUAAUGUUAACUUGGUUGCUUUCUAUAAAGACUUUUUCCAAACAAGUUUACAUUGUGAGGUGCUGGGGGUUAGAACUUGGACAUAUCUUUUCGGGGAGACAUGAUUACCCAUAACAAGAAGUUAAUGCACUUACCUGUAUGAAGCACUUAGAACUAUGCAUGGAGAGUUCUUGAUGAAUAUUAGAUAUACCCCACUUCCUGUACCUGCUCAAAUCCCCCUAUAAUUCUCUGUGCCUGGGCAGGAUAUGAGAGCUUCUCUGUGGUGUCUUAGUCUCAUCCAGUUACCUAAAGAAAAUGUAUUGGGUGACUGGAAAAGUAGGCCUCAGACCAAGGUUUUUGCUUCCAACGUUUGAGGACCAGGCCAAGAGGGAUUCAUCUAUAGAGGAUAACAGGAAGGAGCAGCCAGAGGUAAAAACAUACCAGGUGAGGAAGGGGCUGACAGAAGACAGUGUUGGAAACACUGUGGAAGCAGUGCUUCAGCGGGGAAAUUGUCCAGACUGGAGGUCAACUCAUAUGAGGAUGGAAAACUGCUUCUUGAAAUUUGUGACAAGGAGGUCAUUGUUAACUUAGAUGAGUGUUAUUUAAAUUUUUUUUAAUGUUUACUUUUAUUUUUGAGAGAGACACGGAGCACAAGCGGGGGAGGGGCAGAGAGAGAGAGGGAGACACAGAAUCCGAAGCAGGCUCCAGGCUCUGAGCUGUCAGCACAGAGCCCCACGCGGGGCUUGAACUCACGAACCAUGAGAUCAUGACCUGAGCCUAAGUCAGACGCUUAACCUACUGAGCCACCCAGGCGCCCCAAUGAGUGUUAUUUUAAAAGUGAAUUUAACUAAAGGGAAAAAACUUAGCAAACCUGACGGAAUUUCUGAACUCAGGUAAUGUUACUUCACCACAAAACUUUUUCAGUAGAAAAAUAAUUAGGUCAUUGGGCUGUACUGCUCUGUUGUCUGGGUUAUACUAAGAAAUGCGUUUUUCAAGAGUCCUAUUUGGCUCCAGAUUAGAAUUGUCCAGAAGUAAAAAUUGCAUGAGGUUUGGGAGGUCAAAGUGAAGGAAUAACCAUUACUCUACAAGUCUGAGAUUAGAUACAGUAGAGGAGAGAUGCAGAGGUACCCAGAAAGUUUUAAUUUUUCCUCUCUCUCUUCCAUUCUAUAUUCCAUCCUUCUUUGUAUCUCCCAGCCCUGCUGACCACCAGUGAUCCCAGGUCUACCACCAGAUGCUUGGUUGAGGCCCAUAAAGGCAACAGCUUUUCAUAGACUUCUCUUUAAGUUCUCCCUUGACAAUCUCACUGUGGCAGCUGGAUGUGCCUGGCUUCUCAGAUUUUCCUGCAAGCUCUGCCUUAUCCUCCCAUGCCAGCAUUUCAAAAGGGCUGUUUUAGUGACUUCUCUAAUCUUCCAUCUCCCCUUUCCAUACCUUUACUUUCCCAGCUACUCUCACAAUUGUGCAUGGUCGAAUUCAUAUUAAAAAACUCCUUAUUCCAUAAUAAUUAUAGUGAAUCCACUCUCUAAUUGAACCCUGACUGCUAAGUUACUUCCUUUUCCUGAAAACUUAGUGAGUUUUGCUUUUCUAAAAUUGGGUGAUGCCAUUGAGAAGUCUUAGGCUAAUCUCUCUUUUUGUCUUGUACCUUUCUGCCUUAUGAUUCUUUUAUAUACUCAAAGUUAAUGAUCUUUAGAAGCAUAUGCCUUGGUCUUGAUUUUUGUGAAUUAAUUUUAGUUACAAAGAGCAGUUUCAAUCAUGAUUCAAGCCUUUCAUUUCAGUGAAGUUUUAAUUUACCUAAAUUUUUUUCUGAUCCAUUUCUUUUCUUCUUCAAGGAUAUCAAUUAUGCAUAUAUAAUGUCUUUGUCAUCUUCUCCAUCCAUUUCAUACCAGUCUACAUUCAUUUAAUAUCAUUAUUUAUUUUAGUUGUGAGUGAUUAUCUCUAGCCUCCUGUUCAAAGAUAGAUCUCCAUGAAUCUCUCAUAUUUCUUAUUGUCUGGAUAUUAACAGCCAGUGUGUUCAGAUUUAUUUAUAUUCCAGGACAGUAAAGAUAGAAAAUGUCUUUCUCCCUGGAGAAAUUCCCAGAAAAGAUCUGCCUACAUUCCAGUAUGAUAGUGUCAGUGUCUCUCUCUCUCUCUCUCUCUCUCUCUCUCUCUCUCUCUGAAGAGGAGGAUGGGCAAUAAAACAAUAUAGCAAUAUUGGUUUUCCCCCACAUUUUAAUUAUUCAAAUUUCCAAUCAUAUAGAAAUACUGAAAGAACAGUACAGUGAACACACAUAACUUUCACCUAGAUUCAACAAUGUAUAUGUAAAUUUUUUCUGAAAAGUUGAUGGUAAGUUAUAGACAUAGCAUUACACUCAUAAAUACUUGAGCAUCCAUUUCCUAAAAAUAAGGACAUUCUCCCACAUAACUGGAUUAUCAUUAUCAACCUAAUUCAAUGAUACUUCAUAUCUAGCCUAUUUUCAGAUUUCUUCCAUUGACCCCCCAAAUAUAUUUUACAGCUUUAUUGAGGUAUAAUUAGCACAUGGUAAAUAGAAUUUGAUGAGUUUUGACAUAUACAUGCACCUUUAAAACCAUCAUUACAAUGACAAGCAUGUCCCUUGUCAUCCAACUGUCCCUCCCACACCCUUCCCCAUCCACAGGCACCACUGAUCUGUUUUCAGUCAUUAUAGAUUAGUUGCAUUUUCUACAAUUUUGUAUAAAUGGAAUCAUACAAUAGGCACUCUUGUUUGGCUUCUUGCAUUUACCGUAAUUAUUUUGUGAUUUAUUUGUGUUGUUACGUGUAUCUAUAUACGUUCCUUUUUAUUGCUAAGUGGUAUUUCAUUGUAUAGAUAUACCAAAUUUGUUUAUCCAUUCAUGUGUUGAUUAACAUUUGUUAUUUCUAAUUACAAAUAAAUUACAAUAAAGCUGAUAUGAACAUUUAUGUACAAGUCUUUGUGUGGACAUAGCUUUCAUUUAUCUUGUAUAAAUAUCUGGGAAUGAAUGGUUUGGUCAUAUGGUGAGUGUAUAUUUAACUUUUUAAGAAACUGCUAAACUGUUUUCCAAAGUGGUGUACCAAUCUUGUAUUCCAGCGGUAUAUAAGUGUUUCAUUUGCUUCACAUCUUUGUCCUCAUUGGGCAUGAUGAUUCCUAUUAAUUUAAGCCAUUUUAGUGGGAGUGAAGUGGUAUCUCACUGUGGUUUUAAUGUACACUUUCCUAAUAACUAAUGCUGUUGAGAAUCUUGUGCUUGUUUGUCAUUUAUAUAUCAUCUUGGUGAUGUUUCCCUGAAAAUAUUUCGCCCAUUUUUAAAUUGGGCUGUUUGUCUUAUUAUUGAAUUGUAAGAGUCCUUUAUGUAUCCUAGAUACUAAAUCCUUUGUUAGGUAUAUAUUUUGCAAACAUUUUUCUCCCAGGUUUGCCUUUUCAUCUCAAUAACAGAAGAGAAAAAACUUUUAAUUUUAAUGAUUCCAAUUCAUUUAUACUUUCUUUUAUAGCUCAUGCUUUUUGAGUAAUGGUUAAGAAAUUUUUGCAGAACUCAAAGUCACUAAGAUU